AUGCACUGUCUGAGAUAUAUAAAUAAUAACUUUGAUUCUAAGAAGAGUGCUUUAUAUAAUAUUAGUUAUCUAUUAGAUAUAAAGAUAUCUGUUCUGUAUUAUUUUUAUUUCGCGGGAAAGAAGACUUAUAAUUCUAUAGAUUUUAUAUACUCUGUAUUAUAUAUAUAUAAUUUACUAAUAUCUCUCAAGCCUGCAACUAAUCUGCUAGAAAACACUUACAAUCUUAUAAAGAUUAUUAAAUAG